CUCGCAUGGUUUGGUGUCAGCUGGGCCGUCGGUGCUUCGACGCUGCACUGCUAACCUGCACGAGUCACGGAGCGCAUGCCUCAUGCGAAUACCUACACUCGAUCGGUACUUAUUUCUACUUAUCGCUUGAUGUCAGACACUUCGCCUCCCUCGGAUGAACCAUCCACACUAUCUGAGAGUCCGCUGAAGACUUGUAGAUGGAAGUACACAAAAGUCGCACACCUCAGGUGCCAUCUUUUCCUUCUUUUUGGCUCCUUCGCGACAGUGCUGCCCUACACGUCCACGCAGGCCGAUGAACUUGGAAUCGAUACCCCGUACGUCGCCAUCAUGAUGGCUGUGGUUCCCGUCACUACCGUCCUGGCCACUGGCACCGUGUCCCAAUGUGAAAGCAGAAACAGCAAGCUUAAACUGGUGUUGAUCCUAAUCGUCCUAGUGCAAUCCAGCUGUCACUUGCUAACCAUUCACAUACGUCCGAUAGAACAUCAUUCCGUCUACGAACACGAGAUCGAACCAUCAUGCUCAACAGAUAAUGUAACACUUUCUGUCUGCAUGCCUGGCCCAAUGUUCAAUCAUACAGCCCUCUGCAAGGAUACUUGGACUGAAGAUGCUCCAGGUGAUCGCACAGCCCUUAUUUGUGCCCUAGCCUGUGGUUGCUUCUGCAAGCCGAGGUCUACCGGCCGUUCAUGUGUAAUCGAAGAGAAGUUCCUCCAAGGUUGUUCUAAUACCAUCUGUAUGACGUUCGACAUCUCAAACUACACGUUCCUCUGCAACAGUAACAUUGUACCACCGUGCGAGUUGUCAUGCACACGAUCACCUAGUCAAGAGCACGCAGAUGUUCCAUCGAAUUCAUCGAGGAGGCCGAAACUUCCAUUGUGGAGCAAGGCAUUUUGGAAGUCUGCUGUCGAAAACCCGCAGAUUGUCAAGUUCCUCGCGCUGCGGUUAUCCGGCAUCGUAUUGUCGGGACUAGCGGUAACCUUUACCGUUGUUGCUUGUCACUUAGUCAUAAGCGACGCCUGGACAAUGGACGGAAGGGAGCUGUUGUGGGGGUCUGCAGGCUGGGGCGUUGUCUCCCUACUCACAGGUCACCUCAACCACUUUGCAAGCAAGGAUGAUCCGCACCGCAUCAACUUCACUUUUGCCAUGCGCCUCAUGACUGCCAUCAACCUGCUCGAUGUGGUGGUACUCUUGACCCUGCCGUUACCGCGGCGUGAAUCCAAGCCUCAACCAAUCUUAAUGGACGCGCAUUCCCUAUACCGGACUUUGAGGACCACAGUAUACCUAUCACUGACGUUCCUCAUGGGAUCCUUAUCGGGGGUUAUCUGGACUUACGGUCCUUUGGGACUCCGAAUCAUCGGAGCGCAUCCAGUGCUCGUUGGUGCAACACUUGCAGUACAAGGGCUUGGAGGAGAGCUGUUGAACUUCUUCCUGUCAAAUGUCAUCGUUCAAUCCCUGGGACUGAGUCACGCCGUUAAUCUGUCGAUCGUCGGCAUGUUUGUUCGCUUACUGGUGUAUGGACUUGGAUUCACACCGUGGUUAGUCUUACCUGUAGAACUCUUACAAGGCUUUACGCUGGGGCUAUUCAUCAAAGGCUCCAUCGCACUCGUCAGCAUGGCAGGAGAGGAAGGCAUUGAACGUCAAGUUCAUCAAGUGAUAUCCACGAUGUAUCAUGGUGUAGGUGCCUGCUUCGGUGCUUUCGUGGCUGGGUGCAUCAUCUAUGUAUUUGAUUUUACUACGGCAUAUGUUGCCUCGAGCAGCUUUGCUCUAUUCGGACUCUGCGUCCAUGUAUUGUAUACCUACUUCGCUGCUUCUAUCAACACUGGAGUAUUUGUCUUGUUCAUCGCAGUUUCAGAACGGAGACACGUUUUGGUGACCUUUUCUCCCAGUGUCGAAGGUGGCAGCGAGCAAUCAAGAAUGUCUCAAGCAGGAAGGGACAGUUCUACUAUCACAAGCACAACAUCUGUUGUUUGAAAGUUAAUACAACACAUUCUAUUGCAAAGUUUGUAAAGUUUCAUGCAUAUUUGUCGUGUGCAUUACUACCAUUAAAAUUGUUAACUCGA